GUGUCAUAUUUAUUGACAUAGCUUUGAAUCAUUCAAAUAUCUCUCUGAUCUUUCUUCUAUGAUUAAAAAAAAUCGAAGUUGUGGAAUUGUUUUCAAGUAAAUUUCGAUAAAAUUAUAUACAAGACAGUAAAACAAAGAAAAUGGAGAAAGGCUUUGAAAGACAAAUAAAAGAACUGAAUCGAAGCAAAGAUGUAAUAGGAUGCCUAUUAACAGACAAAUCUGGACUUUGUCUAGCAGCUAGUGGAAUAGCAUCAAGAACUAGUUCAGGUGUUAUAGCAGCUAUCGCUGAAAUGUCCAGAAAGAUUGAGCCAAAUUCAAAGCCACCUGUCAUUUCUCUUCAAAACGAUACAAGGCAAAUCCUCAUUCAUCAAAAGGACAAUGUGAUUGGAGCAGUAUUUAAGGAAGUUAGUUCGUAAGAGCAUUGAUUGUUUUUUAUUUGCUGCCAAACCCAUUUGUUAUUUGUAAGUUUGUACAUAAGAAUUUUUAUUAAAAAUAGUA